AUGAUGCCCGGAGAGCGCAUCGAAUCAUGGCGUCAGCGCGUCCCAAGUCGUCUCGAGCGUCGAGAUCCCUUUGAGGGUGACGGUUUUGAUGAACGCCCUGCUACACGUCUCACUUUUCGUGACCCUUCUCCCCCUCCAGAGCGUCCUCGCACGCGUGUAAGCUUCCUCCGUGCUGCUACCCCUCUAUUUGGACGCUCAUCUACUCCCUCGGAGCAAACUGCUUCAAGCACAAUGGAACGACGUGCUAAGGGGAAACGCAAGACUCUACUCAACUUGCUGAGUCGUAAACGGAAGCGAAGAGAACAGGAAGUCGAAGUUCCACGGGAACCUGUUCAUUUGAACUUUCUGUUCGUUGGGAGUAAAGAGGCUGGACAGACAUCCUUGCUAUUCCGCUCUCGCUACGGUUACUUUCCUGAUUCCAAUGGCUUCUCCUGUCCUCUGUAUGAGACCUACGUCAACGACCGCAUCUACCAUGACCUGAACACCGUUGAGAAUUUGACCUACAUCGAAUGGGAUGCUGUGUUUCUCUGUUUCGACAUCGCGCAUAAAAUAUCCAUGUACACAAUCAUCCAAUGGUGGCAUCAUGCUUCUGACCAAGGAUUCGCCAAGUCUGAGACAUUUGAGCCGCUCUUGUACCUCGUCGGCCUCAAGAAGGAUCUGCGCGAUCAAUGCUUUUUGGAAGACCAUCAAUCUAGCUCUGACAAUUCGUCAUCCGGUCUGUUGGCGUAUCCCACUUGCUGUGUCUGCCCCUCCGAGGCAAUGUGGCAAGCGCAGCGAAUUGGCGCGCAUGAAUACGUCGAGUGUUCGGCUGCUACUGGCGAAGGAAUGAAAGAGGUCAUCGAUAACUCUGCAAGAGAGGCUAUGAGAAGAGUUGUCGGAGGAGCAUGCUCUGAAGAUGAGCCUGUUGCCGCCAAGAAAAGACGCAAGUUCUUUUGA